AUGCACCGGCGGGGGGUGGGGGCGGGGGCGAUCGCCAGGAAAAAACUGACGGAGGCCAAGUACAAGGAGCGAGGGACGGUCCUGGCUGAGGAUCAGCUGGCACAGAUGUCCAAGCAGCUGGAGAUGUUCCGGACUCACCUGGAGGCGUUUGCCAGCAAGCACAAGCAGGAGAUCCGGAAGAGCCCGGAAUUCCGGGUGCAGUUCCAGGACAUGUGUGCCACCAUCGGCGUGGACCCGCUGGCCUCUGGAAAAGGGUUCUGGGCGGAGAUGUUGGGAGUUGGAGAUUUCUACUACGAGCUGGGGGUGCAGAUCAUCGAGGUGUGCCUGGCACUGAAACACCGCAACGGAGGCCUGAUCACCCUGGAGGAGCUGCAGCAGCAGGUGCUGAAGGGAAGGGGGAAAUUCGCCCAGGACGUCAGCCAGGAUGAUUUGCUCCGGGCCAUCAAGAAGCUGAAGGUUUUGGGGAGUGGAUUUGGGAUCAUCCCGGUGGGAGGAACGUUCCUGGUGCAGUCAGUGCCAGCGGAGCUGAACAUGGAUCACACCGUGGUGCUGCAGCUGGCAGAGAAAAAGGGGUUUGUGACAGUCAGUGAGAUCCGGGCCAGCCUCAAGUGGGAGACGGAGCGAGCGAAGCAGGUGCUGGAACACCUGCUGAAGGAGGGCAUGGCCUGGCUGGACUCCCAGGCUCCGGCCGAGCCCCAGUUUUGGUUGCCCGCGCUCUUCUCGGAGCUCCACGGCCAGGACGGAGCCCCCGAGCCGGCCCCGGGGAGUGCUGAGCCCUGA